AUGUCUACUCAAAAGAGAAUUAAGAGCUCCAACGCACAAAAGAGGACUUCACAAAGUAGUAAAAGUUGUCAAACCAACCUCUCAGCCUGGAAAAUAAAAGAGAAACCAAGUGACUCAGAGAGCAUCUUGAAACAUGGACGAAACAGUCCAGAGGAAGAUUAUCAACUUGCUGUUGAUGAAGCAGGAGAUGCUCUGCAGAUAGCAGUGAGAUACUUUGAGAAAAGUCCCAUUAAAACUUCACGGAGUAAAGAUAAAACCUUGGAAGAACACUUGAAAACCGUGGAAAAUGUGGCUUGGGAGAAUGGAUUAGCUCCAGGAGGAAUUGAUGUUCUAUUAAAUGUGGCAAUCAGUGGCAAAUUUGGGAAUACCAUAAACACUCGGAUAUUGAAGUGUAUGAUUCCAACAACUCUAAUAUCAGAAGAUUCUGUAGUUAAGGCCGUCUCCUGGCUUUGUGUUGGCAAGUGUUCUGGUACCACCAAGGUACUUUUUUUUCGUUGGCUGGUUGCAAUGUUUGACUUUAUUGAUCACAAGGAGAAAAUUAACUUGCUUUAUGGCUUCUUUUUUGCUUCUUUGCAAGAUGAUAUACUGUGCCCUUUUGUCUGCCAUUUGUUAUAUUUAAUUACCCAAAAAGAGAAUGUUAAGCCAUUUCGUGUGAGAAAACUGCUUGAUCUUCAAGCUAAGAUGGGAAUGCAGCCUCAUCUUCAGGCCUUAUUGUCACUGUAUAAAUUCUUUGUUCCUGCUUUGAUUUCUGUAUCUUUGCCUGUAAGGAAGAAGAUCUAUUUUAAGAAUUCAGAGAAUCUAUGGAAGUCAGCUCUGAUUGCUGUGAGACAAAGAAACCAGAGAUCUUCUCCAGCUCCUCUGAAGCUGAUGUUAGGUUCAACUAAUGUAUGUUCUGUAAAAAGAAAAUGGAAUUCUCACUCAAUUAUACCAGUGCUAAACCCCAGCAGCCACAGUAAAGAAUGUGGGAAGAAAGAGAUGAGCUUUUCUGAUUGCCUCAGCAGAAAUGGGUCAUUUCCACUAGUCAAACUUCAUAGCUUCCCUCAACUUUUACAGAACAUCCAUUGCUUAGAGCUGCCUUCUCAUAUGGGCUCAGUACUAAACAGCUCUCUGCUACUUCAUUACAUUAACUGUGUCAGAGAUGAGUCAGUCUUACUGAGGCUGUAUCAUUGGUUGAGUCAAACAUUACAAGAAGAAUGUGUUUGGUACAAGGUGAAUAACUGUGAAUAUGGGAAAGAAUUUGCCGACUUCCUGGACACUAUCAUCAAUGCAGAGUGCUUCUUACAAGAGGGGUUUUAUUCCUGUGACGCAUUCCUGUACAAAAGCCUCCCUCUCUGGGAUGGCUUCUGUUGUAGGUCACAGUUCCUUCAACUUGUGAGCUGGAUUCGUUUAAGUAGCUUCUCUGAGUUGAAGCCACUUCUUUUUGACUAUCUAGAACAGCUCUUCUUUACAUCAACCAUUUAUUUCAAGUGUAGUGUUCUUCAGAGUUUGAAAGAACUACUGCAGAAUUGGCUGUUGUGGCUUUCUCGGGAUAUCCACAUGAAACCUGUGAUUAACAGUCCUCUAGAGACAACUUUAGGUGGAUCCUUGAACUCCGUGUCUGAACUGAUUCACUAUGUAGGGCGGUUGUCCACUACUGCGAUGCGCUUGGAGAGCAACAGUACUUUCUUUCUGCACUUUAUUUUGGAUUUCUAUGAGACGGUAUGUGACAUAUAUAUAAAUUAUGACCUUCCAUUAGUGGUGUUGUUUCCUCCUGGGGUCUUCUAUCCAUCACUCCUCAGCCUGGAUUCCAGUAUCUUGAACCAGAUCUGUUACAUUAUGCAUAGGUAUCAUAAAAAUUUGACUGUUGCAAAGAAAAAUGAGUUAGUGCAAAAGGCAAAAUCAGAGUUCAAUUUCAACAGCAAGACCUAUCAAGAAUUUAACCACUAUUUGACAACCAUGGUUGGUUACCUGUGGACAUCCAAACCUUUCCAGAAAGGUCUCUACCAUAAAGGAAUACAUAUUGACCCAAAAAUCCUAGAAAAAGCUGGAAUAGCAGAAUAUAAAAACAGUUUAAAUUUAGUCCAUCACCCUGCUCUGUUGGGUUAUGCUGUUUCCUUUCUGCAGGAAUGGCCAGAAGAAAGGACAGUAAACUUGAGCUCUAUUCAGGGAAAGAAAUGGAACUGGUAUUUGGACUAUUUAUUUUCAGAGGAGUUACAAGGCCUGAAACUUUUCAUAAGAAGUAGUAUUCAUCAUUCUUCUGUUCCCUGA